GGGCAAAGAAAGGAGGAGGUCGCGAUCCACGUUUUUUUAAAUCAGUGCACUUUUUGUGUAUCCCUUAAAAUUUACAAUGAUCAAGUUGAAGAUAUAAAUAUGUCCUUUUGAUUUCCCUAUUUCCAAUUUUUUAUUCCUUCUUUUCAUCUUAUUUAUCUUUACUAUGUGUAACAACGAUUUAGUCUUGUCGAUCAAGGAUGCUUCUGGUAGACAUGUUAGUCUCUUGAAUGAUAAUACACCAACAAAUUAUAAAAUGAAUUCAUUAAACUCGGCCAAUACAACCAUCACAGUCAGAAGAAAGUAUCAUUGUACUGAACCUGGAUGUAAUAAGAGCUUUACCACAAGUGGCCAUCUUGCACGUCAUAAUAGAAUUCACACUGGUGAAAAGAACUUUCAUUGCCUUCAUCCUGGAUGCCCUAGUCGUUUCUCUCGCCAAGACAAUAUGAUGCAGCAUUACCGUACCCAUCUCUCUCAAAAAGCACGCCGUCAACAGCAAUUAAAAAAGUCUAUUCCAAAGACUCCCUAUUGCCACUCUGUUCAGGAGCCAAAGUAUACUCAGACCAGACCUCGAAGAGCAAUCACUAUGCCUAGUUUACCUUAUCCUCCUUUUGAUUUAAAGCAAGACAGACUGAUUUCUCGCCCAAGGAGAACCCUGUCUACUUCUUCCACUUGUUCUUCUACUUCAUCCUUCACUUGCUCAUCCUGUCCAUCUCCUCAAUUCAACCAUAUCCUUCCACCUCCUACUUUUUAUACCAUUCCUCCUCCACCCCAGCCCAAUCAUUAUCUUCAUUAUCGUCAUCAACCAGUAGAAUUAGCUAAACUUCCACACUUGCAAAAACCUGAACAACAACAACAGCAAUCUCACUGGGAAUCCAAAACUUCCGAGAAACCUCUUUCAAGCCUUUUACAUUUAGCAAACAUCGUCAGUACUUUUGGUUAAAGCAGUGUAUCUAUCUCACUUUCUUUCUCUCACUCACUC